UGGUGUCCACUGCGGUUCGCUUUGGGGAUGGCAGAGAUGCUAGGGAUGCUCUUAGUCCUGCUCUGUGUCUCUCACUCUUCUGCCAGUUGUGGCAUUCAGAAAACCAACGUUAUGGAAAUUUCUGAGGAAGGUUUGGUCAACGACAAGGAAUUCCCAUGGGUGGUGUCGCUGCAGGAUUCCCAGUACACCCACCUGGCUUUUGGCAGCAUCCUUAGUGAGUUCUGGAUCAUCAGCAUCGCAUCCGUCUUGCAGAACAGGAAGGACGUCAUUGUUAUAGUUGGCAUAGCUAAGAUGGAUGCCAAAGUGAUUGCUCAUGAAGAGUAUCCAGUCAACACCAUCAUCAUCCAUGAGGAUUUUGAUAAUAAAACCAUGACAAAUAACAUAGCCCUCCUGAGGACAGACACGGCGAUAGGGUUCAACAACCUGAUCCAGCCCAUCUGCUUCCUCGACAGAAAGCUGAACAUGCCCCCAGCCUUGCGGAACUGCUGGGUGGCAGGAUGGAAUCCCACAUCUGCAACAGGAAAUCACAUGACGAUGAGUAUCCUGAGGAAAAUCUCCGUGAAAGACAUCGACCUGUGUCCCUUACACAAAAUCGAGAAAACAGGAUGUGGCAAUCACAUAGAGCAGGAAACCGAUGCUGUCUGCUUGGGGGACCCAGGAAACCCGAUGAUGUGCCAGCUACAGCAACUGAAUAUGUGGGUGCUGAGAGGAAUCUUGUCCCAUGGUGGUGAGAAUUGCCCUGGCCUAUUUCUAUACAUCAAGGUGGAAGACUAUAGCGACUGGAUUAUGUCCAAGACUAAGAAAACCAGCCGUCCUCUGUCUUCCUUCCACCCCUGGGAGGAACCAUUUCCUUUCUCCAGCUACUCAUCACAUAUCAUCGUGACACCAAAGAAACAUUCUGGGCUGGGCCAGAGUGAAUGGUCCCAAGCAGACGUGCAAGAAGAAAAUAAGGUCACCUUAUAUACAUUCCCAACAAACAGCUCUACAGAGAGUCCAGACCUUGAGGAGAAAGAGUUAGGGGAAUUAGGCAAGUCUUCUGCUGUGGCCGUAGAUCCCACUUACUAUGACUAUUAUGGGGAGGCUGGUAAGGGUAGUGGGCCUAUUUCAGGUCAGAACAGGUUACAUCAGCCCCAAGAAAUUAUCUUGUUUUCCUUUGUGCUUGUUUUCUUUUGCAAUGAUAUCUAGUCUAGGAGCUAACCCUCCCAACUGAAGAGUAAGCUCAGAAUGCUGAGUGUCAGGCAGCCACCAUGCUGUUUUGGUGUGUUUU